AAAAGAGGUGCGCCCAGCACCUUCGGAGGUGCGCGAAGUCUGCGCGUUUGUAGUUUGGUUGGCUUUUAUCUCCUUAAUAACUUCAUCCACCCUCUAUCCAUUAAUCCAAUCUCAAGAUUUCAUUCCCUUGCAUCUACUGUACAAGCAUCCGAAUGGUAUAAAGCUAAAUCCUCACUCAAUCUUCCUUUCGCAAGUGAAUUAGGAGCACAGACAAAAACCAAACCAAACGAAUUAGGAUAACUGCAGGGGGAAUGCUGUUCCCUACCGAAUUUUGGGUCGCCAUAGUUGCGGCGGCGGUUUUGUGGAGCGCCGGAGGAGCCUACGGGAUCAGAUUCGUCAUUGACAGAGAGGAGUGUUUUUCCCAGAAGGUGGAAUUGGGGAAGACGGUGCAUUUUUCAUUCGUGGUGAUUAAAUCCGAAAAUUCUUGGCGUUACAGUGAAGACGGUGUUGAUCUUUUGGUGAGUGGACCACAUGGUCAACAGAUUCACGAUGUGCGCGAUAAAAUCAGCGAGAAGCAUGAAUUUAUUGCUAAUCAUGAUGGUGUACACCGUUUCUGUUUCACAAAUAAAUCCCCUUAUCAUGAAACUAUAGACUUCGACCUGCAUGCCGGGCACUUUAUAUUUCUUGAUGAGCAUGCCAAAGAUGAACAUUUCAAGCCUUUGUUUGAGCACAUCGGAAAGCUUGAGGAAGCUUUGUAUAACAUUCAAUUUGAGGAACAUUGGUUGGAGGCUCAGACGGACCGACAAGCAAUAGUAAACGAAAGAAUGAGCACAAAGGCAAUCUACAAAGCUUUUUGGGAGUCUGUGGCUCUUAUUGGUGCUAGUCUUCUGCAAGUUUAUCUCCUUAAGCAUUUGUUUGAGCGGAAGCUGAGGCAGUCCAGAGUUUAAUCUUUGAUCAUACGAUUUUCACUUCUGCUAGGGAAUAUUUGUAGACAUUAAUGACCAAUUUCUCCUAGGGAAUAUAGAGAGGAUAAGUACCAAAUAUGAGUGGUGUUUGCACGUAUUUACAAUUAUUGUACACAUGCACGCAUUCAUAGACUUCAAUGUGAGAACAAAAUGGAGUAUUUGAUGGUUUAAAUUUAUAGCGGUGUGACAAUUGUUAGCAAAAGCAAGUGUUAAUGAGAUCAUUAGAAACAUGUCUUUUCUGCAAACAAAUAGCGGUUUGAAAUAGUUCAAGAAAUGAAAAUGUUGUUGCUAAAUAGUUCAAUUUUGC